CCCUCCCUCCCUGCUAGAAGAAGAACGAGGAGAGCCUAACCGCCGCUUUCACACCUCUUCCUCCAUUUUUCUUUGCUUUAUUCACGUUUUGUCAUGUAACGGACGAAGUGAGAAGCUUUUGGAUUACUUGGAUAUUUCUCGACUGUAGAAAGAUCAUCUCUCUGAGCAGAAGUUGUUCGGAGGAAAUUUGAAUUUCUAAUGGCCGUACUGGGGACAACAGCGGCUUUCUGGUUGAUUCACAUUGCUAUUCUCUUUAGUCUCUCAUUUGCUGCUGAUCCUUUUGCUUUCUUUGACUUCGAGGUCUCUUACACCACUGCUUCUCCACUUGGGGUUCCCCAGCAGGUUAUAGCUGUCAACAACAAAUUUCCAGGUCCUGUUAUUAAUGUUACAACCAAUUACAAUGUUGUGCUGAAUGUUAGGAACAAAUUAGAUGAAGAUCUUCUUAUUACAUGGCCUGGGAUCCAGAUGCGCCGUUCCUCUUGGCAAGAUGGUGUUUUAGGUACCAAUUGCCCAAUUCCUUCUAAAUGGAACUGGACUUACCAGUUUCAGGUGAAGGACCAGAUUGGUAGCUUCUUCUACUACCCAUCUCUCAACCUGCAGAGAGCAGCUGGUGGUUUUGGUCCUUUUAUUGUGACUAACCGCGAUAUAAUUCCAAUUCCUUUUGCAAUGCCUGAUGGAGACAUUGUCCUCAUGAUUGGUGAUUGGUAUACUCAGAAUCAUACGGCUUUACGAGAGGCCCUUGAUAAUGGGAAACAACUAGGAAUGCCGGAUGGAGUUAUUAUAAAUGGCAAGGGACCAUAUAGAUACAACAACACGCUUGUUCCAGAUGGCAUUGAUUAUGAGACUAUUAAUGUUGAUCCAGGUAAAACCUAUCGAGUUCGGGUGCACAAUGUUGGAGUCUCAACUUGUUUGAACUUCCGUAUUCAGAGUCAUAAUUUGCUUCUAGCUGAGACAGAGGGGUAUUAUACAUCGCAGCAAAAUUAUACUAGCAUGGACAUCCAUGUUGGGCAGUCUUUCUCGUUUUUGGUAACCAUGGAUCAGAAUGCAAGCAGUGAUUACUACAUUGUUGCCAGUGCUAGGUUUGUAAAUCAGACUGUUUGGCAACGAGUCACUGGAGUUGCAAUUUUGCAUUAUUCCAAUUCCAAAGGCAAGGCAUCUGGUCCUCUUCCUGACCCACCAAAUGAUGUCUAUGACAGCUCAUAUGCAUUGAAUCAGGCAAUGUCCAUCAGGCAAAAUGUGACUGCAAGUGGAGCUCGUCCUAACCCGCAGGGUUCUUUUCAUUAUGGUCAAAUCAAUGUAACUGAUACGUACAUAUUAAGAAGUGUGCCACCAGUGACAAUUGAGGGAAAACUUCGAGCUACCUACAAUGGAAUUUCAUUUGUUAAACCUGAGACUCCAUUUAGGCUUGCUGAUGCAUUCAAUGUGAAGGGUGCCUACAAGCUUGAUUUCCCAAGCCAGCCACUAGACAGACCACCCAAAAUGGACAGAUCAAUCAUUAAUGCAACGUACAAGGGGUUCAUAGAAAUAAUAUUGCAGAACAAUGACACCGUUGCGCAGAGCUUUCACCUGGAUGGUUAUUCCUUCUUUGUAGUCGGGAUGGGUUCUGGAAAUUGGACAGAAAACAGCAGGGGAUCAUAUAAUCGGUGGGAUGCAAUAUCUCGUUCCACGGUACAGGUUUUUGCUGGAGGAUGGACAGCGGUCCUAGUUUCUCUUGAUAAUGUGGGUAUUUGGAACCUCCGAUCAGAAAAUUUAGACAGAUGGUAUCUUGGCCAAGAAACUUACAUGAGAAUUGUCAAUCCCGAAGAUGCUGGUAACAAGACAGAAUUGCCCGUUCCUGACAACGUUCUUUACUGUGGUGCCCUCGCCAAAUUUCAGAAGCCCCAGAAAGCAUCUUCGGCUACUACGAUCCAUGUAGGCUCAAAGGCGUAUCUGACGCUGCUAGUGGUGUUCUUUGCAAUGAUUUACAUUUUAUGUUAGUGUUUUUGGUUUGGUUUGUGCGGUAAUACUGGUGGAGGAUUGAUUGAUUGAUUGAUUGAUUGGCUGGUGGGGGUGUGAACUGGCGGGAUUCUCGGAGACUAGAUAUCUUGAUUCCUUUUUUCUUGUAUUUCACAUUUCGGCAUAGCAUUUUUCUGGGAAAGUAAUCCAGUUGUGCAGAUUCUUCAUAGGACAUUGUUUUCAAUGACGACUGACUGACUAUAGGUGGUUUUUGUUACA